AUGGCUCCUCUAUCAGAAAAAGAAUUGUCGGUCCCUCCCCCCACCGAACAGGGCAUCCACGACAGAGGGCCCGUACCUCCCAUAUUAACAGAGAUUAUUGAAGAAGAAUCCCAGAGUCCGAGAGUCGAUCGACAGCCCCUAAAUUCUACGUUUCCGGAUCAAGAUGAGCACGGUUACAAUGAUAAUAGCAACGUCCCCAAAUUAUCCUAUCCGAAAGUUUUCUGGUUCUUCUUCUACAACUUCGGUCUUUUCGCAUGGGGUGGCCCUGUGGCACAAAUCGCUCUCAUUAAGGAGAGGCUUGUGGUGCAGGAGAAAUGGAUCACCCUACCACGCUUUCAGCGGGUCUUCUCCGUCUACCAGAUAUUACCAGGGCCAGAAGCAGCAGAACUUUGCAUGUUUUUUGGCUGUUUGUCGGCAGGAAGGGUUGGCGGUUUUUUGGCUGGCCUCGCCUUUAUACUUCCAGGAUUCAUCCUGAUGCUUUUGGCCAGCUAUUUAUAUACGCUUGCAGGGUUUGAGAAUGUCUACUUCAACGCCUCAUUCAAGGCUUUACAGCCCAUUGUGGCUGCAAUGAUUCUACGUGCGACUCAUAAAAUUGCCCAGCACUCGGUGAUUAAGCACUCAACCAAGAAAGUCGACCCAUUUCUCGUCCUUGCAGCGAUCCUUACAUUUUUAAAUUGUGCACUUCGAAUUAAUAUAUUUAUCUCUUUGGGUCUGUAUGGGGUUCUAUACAUGUUGCUUACCUGGCGACUCUGGAUUCUCAGUGGACUGGUCUUUGUGCUUCAAUAUGUCGGCUAUGCUCUCUACGUUGUUUUCCGAGGCGUCCCAUCCCCGACGUCGCUGGCACUCGGAGUUUCUCCCUCUCCAUCACUCAUUAACCUAUUUCUUCUGGGUUUGGUUGCAGGGAGCCUAUCCUUUGGAGGGGCGUACACAGCCAUUCCGUUUAUUCAAGUGGAGGCCGUUCUAAAAGGCGGUUGGCUUGCCCAGAAUGUCUUCUUAGAUUGCAUUGCUAUCGGAAACGUCCUCCCGGCGCCGUUAGUCAUCUUUGCCACUUUUGUUGGGUUUCAGGGCGGGCUUACUGACGGUUCAGUCGGUAAUGCGUUCGCGGGCGCCGUCAUCAUUACGCUUGGAAUGUUCUUCCCUUGUUUCGUCUUCACCAUUGCAGGGCACGAACUUCUCGAGAAGUUGGUGAGGAAUAAGCUACUCUCCUCAUUCUUCGACGGACUUUGCGGUGCUGUCAUUGGCGUCAUCGGUGUCAUCGCAGCACAAAUCCUCAAAUCAAGCAUUGGGGGAAAUGUACGACCUGAUGAUCAUAACAACACGGCCAAACUACUUCAGCAGGCACUCCAAAGCGGACCUGCGGCUGCCAUUUGCCUCCUUGCACUCGCAGCGAUCUACAAGUUCACUCACAAAUAUACGCCUCUUGUUCUGGUCGUUGUUGGCGCUAUUGCAGGGCAAUUCAUCUUCACAGAUGUCGUGUUCUAA